AUGCCUCCCUUUAAGGACCAGGCUGAAGCGACCACGAGAUGUCCAUCUUUGAACCUAGUGUCCGAGGAAGAUUCGGUUUAUGAACAGGACAUCAUCCGCAACCCUGGGAGCACGAAGCCCUGGCUGUCCUACAUUAGCUUCAAAACCCAGCAUGGCACAGCACAUGAGCAGGCCUUCGUUCUGGAAAGGGCAUGCCGGCAAUUGCCACGCUCGUAUAAGCUUUGGAAAGCAUACCUCGACUUUCGAACGAGACAUGUUUCUAAGCUCAACCCAGCUAUUUUUUCAGCCGAGUUCCGGAAGGUAAAUGCUCUUUUCGAAAGAGCAUUGAUUCUCCUGAACAAGAUGCCGCGAAUUUGGGAAAUGUAUUUAAAGUUUCUGAUGCAGCAGCCUUCCCUCACCUUAACCCGCCGGGCAUUCGAUCGAGCUCUUCGAGCUCUUCCGAUAACGCAGCAUAACCGGAUAUGGGCUUUAUAUCGUCCAUUUGCAAAUUCGGCAUCGGGAAACACUUCGAUCAAGGUCUGGAGAAGAUACAUGCAGGUUCAUCCUGAGGACGCCGAAGAUUUCAUCGGGCUCCUCAGCCAUCUUGAGCUCUACACCGAUGCAGUGCAAGCUUAUUUGGCGAUUCUAAAUAAUCCUCUUUUUUCGAGCAAAUAUGGCAAGGGAACCUAUGAGCUCUGGAGUGAGAUGGUGGAUCUUUUGGUUGAGCAUGCUACAGAUAUUGACUCAAGUGCAGAGUGCGGAAUUGAUGCGGAACGUAUCAUACGGACUGGGCUCGCUCGGUUCCCAGAUCAGAGAGGCAAACUGUGGUGUGGCCUAGCGGCCUACUGGGUAAGAAAGAGUAACCUUGACCAUGCCAGGGAUAUUUUCGAGGAGGGAAUAACUACCGUGAUGACGGUUCGUGACUUUGCACUCAUUUUCGACUCCUACAUAGAGUUCGAAGAGUCUGUCAUCGACAGCAUGAUGGAAUCGGCCGCCCACCGUGGCGAUGGGCCCGCAGAUGCAGACGCAGACUUCGAGCUUGAUUUAAGGAUCAUGCACUUCGAUCAACUCAUGGAUCGCCGGCCCUUCCUUCUCAAUGACCUCCACCUUCGUCAGAACCCUAAUAAUGUCGCAGAGUGGGAAAAACGGGUUGUCCUCUGGGGCGAUAAUUCCGAGGAAGUCGUGAGGACCUACACCAACGCUAUAGCGGCAAUCCAGCCAAAGAAGGCGUACGGCGCUUUCCAUCAGCUCUGGGCAAACUAUGCGAGAUUCUACGAAAAGGGGGGUGACCUUCGGACUGCUCGGAUCAUUAUGGAAAAAGCGGUCAAGGUUCCUUUCAAGUCCGUCGCCGAGCUGGCAGAUAUGUGGAUCGAAUGGGCGGAAAUGGAGCUCAGAAAUGACAAUUUCAGCGACGCUGUCCGUAUAAUGGCAAAAGCAGUCCAAGCGCCGAAACGAUCAACCGUUGACUACUUUGACGAAAAUCUAUCUCCGCAGCAGAGAGUCCACAAGAGUUGGAAACUCUGGAGCUUCUAUGUGGACCUUGUGGAGAGCGUGGGCUCUCUCGAAGAGGCUAGGAAAGUGUAUGAACGCAUUUUCGAACUGAGAAUCGCAACUCCACAAACCGUCGUGAACUACGCCAACCUCCUGGAGGAGCACAAAUACUUUGAAGAGUCCUUCAAGAUCUACGAACGCGGCCUUGACCUGUUCAGCUAUCCGGUCGCAUUCGAACUCUGGAAUCUAUAUCUUAGCAAGGCAGUGGACCGCCGAAUUAGCAUUGAGCGUUUGCGGGAUCUUUUCGAGCAGGCGAUUGAAGGCUGCCCUGCGAAGUUUGCCAAAGUCAUUUACCUCAUGUACGGGAACUUGGAGGAAGAAAGAGGCCUAGCGCGGCAUGCGAUGAGGAUUUAUGAGCGGGCCACUCGCGCGGUUGCGGAAGAAGACCGCGCAGAUAUGUUUAAUUUCUACAUCACCAAGUCUGCAUCCAACUUUGGCCUACCAUCGACGCGGCCCAUCUACGAAAAGGCGAUAUCUACGCUGCCAGACGGGGAAGCAAGAGACAUGUGCUUGAAAUUUGCCGACAUGGAGAAACGUCUUGGAGAAAUCGACCGAGCUCGCGCCAUCUACGGUCAUGCUUCUCAAUUCUGCGAUCCCAGGACGAAUCCCGAGUUUUGGUCCAAGUGGGAGGCUUUCGAGGUACAGCACGGCAAUGAAGAUACUUUCAAGGAAAUGCUACGCAUUAAACGAAGUGUACAAGCGCAGUACAAUACGGACGUCAACUUUAUUGCUUCGCAGGCUAUCGCUCGAGGCCAGACCCGACAACCAGAAUCUGGAGAAGAGGAUGUCGGCGACGCCAUGGCCGCCUUAGAACGACAGGCGAGAGCCCCUGUUGGUUUCGUUGCAGCCACAAGCCCAGGACUCAAGGCUCAGGGGGUGGUGGCAACUUACAUCCAUCCGGUGACAGCCAACCCCGAUGCCAUAAACAUUGAUGAAGCCGAUGAAGAAUGA